GCAUGAGAAAGACAGAGAGUCGACGACGACAGAGAGACGAUGAAGAUUUGGAGUUGUUUUUAUCAAAGAUGAAAAUUAGUAAUUGAAUCGAUCUUUCACCUAACUUUUAACAAUGGAAGAAGGUGAAAUAGAAGAUGGUGAAAUUGAAGAUGAUUUGGGUGAAUCCACGGCGGUAGAAAAGGACGAAAAAUCAGUCACACAGGUUGGUUUAGACCGCGAGAAUUCAAGAAGCCUAGGCGUUGGCCAGCAACAACAUGAAGUGUCAUCAUCGGUAGAUUCUAAGCAUGGAUCAGCCUGUGGCAUUCGGAAAGAAAAUAAUAAACCACUAGGCCUAGGCUUAGAUUCAAGUAUUAGAAAGAGACCAUACCAUGGAAGUAUGUAUACUAGGCGUUCUCAAAAACCUGCCCAUAGGACAGAUAAUUAUCGUGGUGGAAAACACUACGAAAAUAGUGGCAGGAAUAGGAAUCAUCAAAGUCCUAGGAUUAGGUCAUCUCCUACAACAAUGAAGAGACAGCAUGAUGAUGAGGUUGGAUACUGGAUGGACGAAUCCGGUUCGAAAUUUGUCGAGCAAAAAAACGAUGGUAGUAAAAGAGAAGGGUCAAGAAGAGCUUCGAAAAAUGAAGGAAGUUUUAAGAAAUCUAAGAAAAAUGUAACCAACCUUCCAAAUUCUCGUGAAAGAAAUAGUGGAGAAGGAGCAUUCUAUUCGGGAAACAACAUCCUACAGCAAAGCGGUAGUCACACAAAAGCUAAGGAUCCUGACGAUUAUGAAGAACUUUUGAAAGAAUACCAGAGAGUGAUUGAAGCAAUGGCAAGAGAGAAAGAAAAGAUCAAACAAACAGAAAAAGAAGUGAAUAAGGAAGAACAACUUUUACAAAUACUAUCGACAAGCACAUCAAGAGGAAGUCAAGAUCCUAAAAAACUGGGUGGUGUCACCUCUGAACAAACUCUUAAUACCAAGGAUAAAGAUGAGAAUGAUGAGGAUGAUGAACUGCUGGAGCUACGGUUAGCAGCAUUAACGUCACUUGCUCAGAAGGAUGAAAAAGAAAACAAAUGUAAACCAAACCAAGAUAGGUUGCCAAAGAAAUCAGAAAAUUUGCCCACUUAUCACUCAACGAAGAAGAAAUCAGCUACAUCUCGGAGGUCAACUACAGUCUCACGAAGCAGAAACCGGCGGCGAAGCAUUCGCCCAUCAAGACAGCGUACACGAUCAGCCAGCACUUCUGUUCCAGGUUCAAGGCUGAGAACAACCAAAGAUUUCUUAUCAAUAGAUGAUGAAGAAGAACGAAUCAAUCAAUUUUUGCUUUACCUGCAGGAAACUCCAGAAGCAAGAGACAUACCUGAUAGUAACUCAACUCAAAAGGAAAGUAAGGAAGCUGAUAAAGGCAUAAAAGAGAGUCUGCUAAAGCCAUCAAGCACAGCAGCAUUAGGUGACGAUAACUACGAACAAGUUGAAAUGGAGAUUGAUGAAACACAAGAGUCUGAAGAAAAAGUUGAAAUGCCAAUCUUAACAGCACCGGAACCAGCGACUAGUUCUGCUGUUCCUACAGAAAUACAACCUCCUAUCCCUGAUGUACCACCACCUAUUCCCUCCCAUACACCACCACUUCCGAUUGAGUCAAACCUUCCAAAACCACCAGAACCUGAGGAGGAAGAUGAGGAUGAGGAAGAAAUACUUGCACUUCGCCAACUGCUCUUGAAAAACAUGAAACAAAAAAUGAAAAGUAAAGUUACAGAAGUCAAAGUCACACAGGAUUCCAAAGUUUCACAAACACCAUCGCCAACGAGAACACCGAGAAGUGAAUCUCCUAGCAUACAAAGGUCCACUAAGAAGAAACAAACACCAAUUUCAAUACCUGUGCAUGAAGAAGUAGUGAUAAAUUUGAAAGAUGACAGUGAUUCAAGUGAUGAAGAGAACAAUACAGUUAGUGAAAUCACUUCCACUGGCUACAACAGUAUGCUUGACCAGUUCCUCAAGGAGGCUCGGAAAAAAGCUGAUGCUGAUAAGCCGAAGAGUGCAGCAGAGACAGUGCCUCAGAUGUUACCUAAAACCCCAGAUGCAAUGAAACAGUUGUCCACAACACAACAGGCUGAAUACAAACGUCUGAAAGAAGAAAUUGCAAAGCGAGAAAAAAAUAAGAUGAAGAAAGUGGUUACAGCUACAAACCAAUCACCUAUCCCGUCUGAUAUGGAGGAUCCAAAUCAAGACGAAGGAGAAAAGAAGGUUAAAAAAAAUACAUUGACGGUAACAUUUGUACCCCAGGGAGAUGGAGAGAGGCAGAUAGGAAUAAAGGAGGUAGAUGGAAAGAUUGCUAUGAAUGAUGAUAAAUCAAAUGAAAAAAACAAGCAGAAAAUUCUUAAAAAGGAUCCAGUACAGAAAGCUGAAAAAGAAGCGGAAAAAAUAAAGCAAUACAAAAUCAAGAUGGUAGAGGAAAAACUGACUAAAUUCAGAACUGUAAUUGAGAAAGAUGAAAACAUGUUUGAAGAUGCUAACCAAAGAUUAGGGAAGAAAACAUCAACGUUGAAAUUAGCCUUGACAAAAAUAACCAAGUUGAAAGAACAACUAGCAUCUGUCCAACGAAUUGCAGAUGCAAAUCAAAAUAGUAUCCGCAAAAUACAUGAAGAAAAAAAUGCAUUAAGUUCAAGAUUAAAACAGCUAAAGGCCAAAGAGUACCGACUUUUGGAAGCAUUAGCAGACAUGAAAGGUGUCCCACUGGAGACUGUCAUCAAAUCCCAUAGGAUAGUGAAGAAGUCUAUGGGCAAAAGGGCAGCAGUAGGAGCAAUAGAGAAAUCAUAUGAGUCAAUCAAACGACAGAGGCUUACCUCGGAAAGGGAAACUGUACUAGCCAAAGAGAGGUCAGAACUUAGCCGGUUACAAGCACUGGAAAAAAUGUAUGCUGAAAAAAUUGCAAAGUUUAAAGAAUCCCACAACCAACAAAGACAAAAACUUAAAAGAUUGAUAGCUUCACCGUCUGUUUCAAAAGUCCUGCAGGAAGCUAACUUAUUCAUGAAUGUUAGACCUUCCAAGCAACUGUACUUAAAAGAUAAAAUAAAUAUCCCUGCUGGUUCCGGGAUGGUAGAAGAUGUCGAGACAAAAACCGAGGUGACAGUAACCAGGAGAAGAUCUUGGUUGGAUGAGACCUCAACCAUGAAGCCAAGUCUUUCAGCAACAUCUUCACCCCAAAAUUCAACAAAGGAGUCUGUAAAGAAUGAGUUGGGAAAUAAUGUGCCUAAAUCGACAAAAACAAUUGAGGAAGACAAGAAAGGAAUUUUUAACACUAAAGAAUUAGAAAAACUUAAGAAAUUACAAGAACGAAGGGAGAAGGUGUUGAGGUAUUUUGAUUGGACCGCAUCGAUUAAUGCAAGUGUUUCAAAAGGUGAAACACCUGUCCUACCUAGUGAUAUCAAGGUGGAAUUAGCAAUAAAGAAAACCACAGCAAAGGAUGAAGCCAAAGUUAUGUCUUUAAAACCUUAUGAAAGUCCUUUAUUGCCAUGGAAUGUGUACAGGUUCAGUGCAUUAUUCAAGCAGUUGUCUUCAGAGUCUCUAGGAAGUGAGACAUUUUGUAACAAAAUCAAUCCGUCUGCUAUUUUUUGUCGAUUUGAUCUGAAUGGUAAAUGUAAUGACGAUGACUGCAAAUGGCAACAUGAGAGGGAUUCUAAAAUGACCUUUGAAGAAAUUUUGGCCCACCUUGUUUCAUAUGAUGUUUCCAUUGUUGGAGCAACAGAGAAAAGUACUUUGCCACAAAUCCAACGAAAAGUAUGGCUCUUUGCCAAAAUGAAGUGCCAAGAACUGAAGAAACAUUCAGAAGAAGAGAAACAGGAAAUGAUGAAAAAGGUCAUGAACUUAGUAUUUUCAAAACCCCAAAGAACGCCCUCAAAGUUGGAACCCAGGCGAUGGAAGGUGACUCAAAGGAACAAGAAGGCCAUGGAAACUGAAGAUGAAGUAUUCAUGAAUGAAGAUGUAAAAAUAACAUCAGAGUCUGCUACAAAUGUGAAUCUUGUUGACCCAGACUAUGUUGAUGAAGAUGAUUUGAGAUAUUUUGCAUCAGAUGUUGGAACGGGACAACUUGAAAAUGCUGUCCUACAAAACCCUCACGACAUUCAACUUUGGUUGAAAUUAGCUUACAAACAGUUGAGCAAACCCGGGAAUGAUAACAUGGACAAGGCCUUGCAUGCACUGUCAAGAGGCUUGGAUAGUAACAGAAAUGAUUCUGAACUCUGGCUUCACUAUCUAACCUUGUAUAACAAGCGAUGUAGCAAUCAUGAGGACGUCAUGGAGAUGUGUAACCAUGGUAUCCAUUACACACAGAACUAUGAUGUGUGGCACAAGACGUUAUCUUUCACUAACAGCCUUGAAUCAAUAGAUGAAAUUUGCCAAGAUUUGUUACAAGCACUGCAAGAGGAACAGCAGAUCAGCCCAACAGACAGAGGAUCCCAUCGGCUGCUGGAAAUGUUGUUAUACAGAAGCCAUCUCUACUGUUUAGUUGGCAAGGGAGUCUAUGCUCUUCAAAUACUUAAAGACUGUGUAUGCAAGACCAAUGGAAUGCCAUUAGUUGACCUACUAAGCACUGUUGAUAAAUGCUUAGCAUGGCUUAGUUUUAUUCACCUGAAGUACUUUAAACAGUUGCCUCCAAGUCUAUUUGAUCCUAAUUCAUCUGCCCCAUCCAGGCUAGUCUCUAAGGAGUUGUUUUUAUGUCCCUGGGCAAAGAGCAGUAUCACCAUGUUGGAUGAGAUUCAGAAAGAUUUGCAAGAUGCAGUAGAAUGCUGUCAUAGCAAAGAACACAAUGCUGUGGAGAAUACUAUAGCCUGCUUGUCACUACAUAAGAACCUAGUGCAGUUGUACGUUGCAUGUGACAGUUCAGAAAAAGCAGUGUCAUUUAUCCAAGGACUGUUGAAAGACUGCCCAGGACCAGGAAUCGAUGAACUCUGGAUUUUACUUUUGAGAACGAUGAAGCCAACAUGUGAUUUACCGACCUUGAAUCAGGUUGUUGAAGAAUGUCUAGUUUGUAAUAAACAUUCUGCUAGUAUUUACUUGACGGCAGCAUCAUUUGCAUUUAAAGAUGCAGCCAUUGACUUAGCACGCAGUCUUCUUCAUCGCUGUGUUACCUCGUACUACAAGGAACUUUCUGCAGAUCAUGAUGCAAUAACACUAUACCGCAAACUUUUAAGUCUGCCAAUACCAUACAUAUCUCUACUUCCACAUUAUGCUGAUGAUGUUAAAGAGGGGGAUUUGAAAACACAGAGGGUUCACUUAUGGAUGUGCUAUGCACUGCUUCUCGAAGUCAACGGAGAUAAAACUUCAGCUGGUGAAGCUUACGAGGUUGCUCUUUGUGACCUUGAUAAAACUAAAGACGUACAGACAAUUUGGUUGGGAUACCUGCAAUUUCAUUUACGGAAGAUGUCGCCGUCCACUAACACCAUCCAGGAUAUGCAAACGUGGCAUGAAUUAAUUAACCGGUGUCUUAUAACGUCACCGUGUCAAUUUCCUGUGCCCUACAAUACAUCCAAGAAUUGGCUAGACUACACCUUCCACAACCAAGUGUUGAAUCUGUACAUAGCGACUAUCAAGGAACAAGAUAAGUUGGAUGUGUUUGAGAGGUUGCUCUCUAUAAUGCCAAGGAAUACAUUACUGCUCUUGAGAGUUUGUCAGUAUGCUGUGUUAGCAGAGCGCCCAAAGCAGGCCUUCAUACACUGUACAACAUUCCUUCGCGAUCAACCCCAUUGUAUACAAGGAUGGAAAGUAGCAAUUCACUUACAACUCAUCACAAAGAACUACAAGCAGGUUCGUCAUCUUUACUCGAGGGCGCUUGCCAGCAACCCCUUAGUGGCUCAACUCUGGAUCAACUUGUUGUUGUUCCUGGUUGCGCAUGGGAACAACUCGGAUGUGGACCAGACCAUUAAUAACAGUCUCAAGUAUGGAGUGAAUUUGAAAGAAAAGGUCAUGGAACUUUUAGCAGGUCCCAGAUGAACAAUCAAACACUUUCUGGAUGGAUAUCUAGGUCAUUCAGAGUUGACCUUUUAAACAAUUUUCAAAAUUCCAAAUUUAACUUAUUGGCAAAAAAGUGCAAAAUUUCUAUUGUAAGCAAUAAUUAUUGGAAAAUCUUUCUGGAAAUAAUUGAAUGAAUUUUGAAGAAAAAAUGAUUUACUGAUGAUAAUUUAACAUCGUAUGUCUGAUUUCAUGUGAAAUGUAUGGAGAGAGCACUAACUUGGAAAAACUACUAGUACAGCCUGUGAUAUACAUCAAUUAUGACUGGAUGAUAACCUUCAAAACACAAAAACUUCCAUGGUCUACAAGGAACUUGCGAUAGUCAUCAAACAUUAUGUGUACAGAUAUAUAUCUUCAAGCGCUCGUAAG